AUGUUUUCUUCGUUUGGUAUUAAUAAAUGGCGACAAUUGUCACCAAAUGUACACAAAGUGAGACAAUUGUCUGCUUUUGAAUCGAGUUCUUCACCGAAAAGAGACAUGGAUUUGAGAGAAUCGGAAGAAUAUAUGAAAGAUUUGCCGGACCAGAGUCUCGCCAAUCCAUACCGAAAGGCCAAACGGGUCUGUAUUUUAUGUAAAUAUGGUAUUGAAGUGGACUAUAAG